UGGGAAGUUUGGCCAAGUUUACAGGAUGACCCACAAAGAAACUGGUGAUAUUUGUGCUGGAAAAUUUUACCGUGCCCGAACCUCAAAAGACAAAGCUGCUGCCUUGAAAGAAAUCGAACUCAUGAACUGCCUUCAUCAUCCCAAACUGGUCCAGUGCUUGGCCGCUUAUGACACUCGCCCUGAGAUAGUUAUGGUCAUGGAGUAUAUUCCAGGUGGUGAGCUCUUUGCACGAAUUGUUGAUGACAACUUUGAGCACACGGAGCCGACCUGUGCACGCUACAUGCAGCAGAUCUUGGAAGGAAUGCAGUACGUCCAUAAGCAGAAUAUUGUUCAUCUGGAUCUCAAACCUGAAAACAUCGUCUGUGUGGACACUACCGGCACAAACAUUAAGAUAAUUGACUUCGGGCUGGCCAGCAAACUAGAAGCCGACAAACCUCUCCUGGUGAUGCAUGGGACGCCGGAGUUUGUGGCCCCAGAGGUGAUCAGUUAUGAACCCGUGAGUUUGGAGACGGACAUGUGGAGCAUUGGAGUCAUCUGCUUUGUUCUGCUCAGUGGAGAGUCCCCCUUUCAGGGCAACAACGACGCUGAGACUUUUGCUUUUGUCACUGCGGCGAAAUUUGAGUUUGACGAGGAGAGUUUUGAAGACAUCUCUGACGAAGCAAAGGAUUUCAUUUCAUCAUUGCUAAAGAAAGAUCCAACAGACAGAUUGUCCUGUACUGACGCUUUGGCUCACCCCUGGAUGGCCUCUUUCACCCCACUGUUGCGGAGACCAACCAAAUCUUUAAAUAAGACAAAAAUGCGGCGCUUCUUGGCCAAACGAAAAUGGCGGAAAGCUGGCAAGGCUGUCCUGGCCCUGAAGCGAAUGGCUAACCUCUCCAACAGGCCUGACUCCCCUGGCAGCUCCUCAGAGGAGCCAGGCUGGAGCCAAGAGGCAGAGGAGGCCAUCCGCUCUUUGGAUAAGCAGCUCCAGUGCGAACCGCGUUUUCACCAGACUCUGAAAGACACAACUCUGCCCAAAGGAGCCACGGCUGAGCUCAAGUGCCUCAUCAAUGGUUAUCCAGAGCUGCAGGUGAAAUGGCUUCAGAAUGAGAAGGAGGUCCUGGAGUCGUCUCGAGUGAGAAAGGAAAUAAACAAAAAUGGAGUUUGUUCUUUGGUUGUGAGUGAUGUGAAACCCUCUGACUCUGGAGUGUAUGUGUGCAGAGCCAGCAACAAGCUCGGAGAGGCCAUGUGCUCGGCCAAACUGACUGUAACCCACUGAACGAAAUUUCACAAAGCUAUAUUAGAAGUUUAACAUAUUUUGUAUAUUAAUGUGUGGUUUUUGUAUAUUAAAGAGUGGUUUCAGUACUAAAGCUAUGAAUGUACAGAUUAACUAUUAUUAAACUCACUCAUUGAGGUCAACAACAUUUACAAGUAUUUGCACUAGAAUAUUUUAAAUAAACACAGAAAAAGAAUCAUUUUUAAUGAUUUUGGUAUUAAGUUUGGUGUGUAAGU